AUGGGGGACACUUCACACCUAGAGAAAAUGGGCAGAGAACUCAAGUGUCCCAUCUGCUUAAGUCUACUGAAUUCUGCUGUUUCACUCACUUGCAAUCAUGUGUUUUGCAAUUCAUGUAUUGAGAAGUCUAUGAGAUCAGCUUCCAGUUGCCCAGUUUGUAAAGUCCCCUAUCGGCGAAGAGAGGUUCGCCCUGCUCCUCAUAUGGAUAACUUGGUCUGCAUUUACAAGAGUAUGGAAGUUGCUUCGGGAGUCAACAUAUUUGUCACGCAAACUGCACCUUCAACUAAACUAUCAGAUAUGCAAGCAGAACUUUUUCCCCAUACAUUUACUAUCUUGCCUGCAUAUGUUUCUAUAUUACUAGCAAACGUUGGAUUCUCUGGUCUUCUUGCUAAGAACAGUGAAAUUUGUUCUUCUAGCUGGAACAGAAGUUUACUAGACACAGAAGCCAGUUCUUGUGAGUUCAGAGAAAAUGCAGGAAACCCACCUGAAAGUGAUGGGGUUUGUGGAAGCAAAGAGACAUCAGUCCAAGAGAAUUCAAGAAGAUCCAAAGGAAAAGGGUCAAAAGGAUCAAAGAAAAUUUUUGAAAGUUGUAGUUUGAACCCUGUUAGACCUUCCUUUCCAACAAAGAAAAGGGUCCAGGCGACGGACUAUCCUCCCCCAGAGACCCCAAAACACCCUAAGCUUGAUUGUGGGAUGGAUGAAAUACCCAAAGAUGGACCUAAGAAAAGUUCAGUCCUAUUAGAGGAGAAACAUGCUCUAAAUGAAAAGGGAGAUCCAGUAUUUUCUCCAUUCUUCUGGCUGAGAGAGGAAGAGGAUGUAGAGAAGUCAAGUCAGCAGACCGAUGGGGAUCUUAUAAUGGAAACGCCACCAGAUGCUCCUUGCUUCAGUGAUAUCAAGGAGUCAGAUGAUGAAGCUCCCUGUAAAAUGACCCCGGAAAAGGGAACUUGUAUGGGACCAAAUGAUGCAGAUAUAUAUGACAGUGAGAUGUUUGAAUGGACACAAAGAGCUUGCUCUCCUGAACUCUUUUUGAGUCCCAUGAAAGUUCUGGUUGAAGCUACGGAUGAAAACAUCAAUGUUAAAAAGAAGUGCAAAUCUGCUUCACAAAGCAGUAAGGCAAAUGAAGAAUCUGCAAUUGGGAACAGAAAAAGCAGGAUACCUGAGAUGGGAAAUGACAACAUGGAAACAAGUUUACCGACUUUGUCCUGUCCUAGAACCAAAAGUGUUGCCAAAUCUAACAAGAGAGUUAGGAAGGCAAAUGGAAGCACCCUCAAAAAGAGAGCCAAGAAAAAUAUAUGUGAAGUAAUUGGAAUUAGUAGUGAUUUACAGAAAGUAGCUGACUAUGUUAUUCAAGAGAAGACGUGUGACAACAAUGAGAGUUCAUUAAAUCUGGUGAAAACUUGCAAACGAAACAAAAAGGUUGGCUUUGAUGCUAGUGCUACAGGAUCAGUGGCAGAAAAUUCUCACACUUUAUGUGCUGGGGCAAUUCCUUUGAUUCAGGGGGAUAAAACUGUGGUUGCUCACUUGUCAGCUUCAUCAGUACAGAAGGAAGACAGUGAAGGAAGUAAAAAUCUGAAGAAAAGUGGAAAAAUCAAUAAGAAGACAAUGGAUCCACAAAGGAGAGAUCGUACAAGAUCGAAAAUCCAACAACUGAAUACUGCUAAGAACAUAAUGCAAAGCAAAAACAUUGAGGUUUUGACCUCUCAGGUGCUCAGUAAAUCUCCUUCUAUAAGUGAUGACAAGGAAAAUCAUGAUCUGGGUGUGAAAUCCAGAAAAGUUCAACGUAAGAACACUAGUAAUCUGAAAUGUUUAAAGAAGGUGAAGUUUUCCAUGGACAGUAUAUGCAAGGAUAAGUUGGCUGGUGGAAUUGCAACUAUUCGAGAAAGGGUUGAUGCAAAAGAAAUUCAACCAUUUGAAGGCGCUCAAGGCAAUUUUGAUGUCAAAGUUAUCAACGAUUCAUCAAAAAUGCAGAAGGUUCCUUCCAUUUUAAAUGGAGUGGUUUUGCAUAAAUGCGAGACAAUUCCCAACAAAAUCCAAUGUGCUUUUUGUCAGUCUGCAGAAGACUCGGAGGUUUCGGGGGUCAUGGUUCACUACUUCGAAGGCCAGCCUGUCGGGGCAGAUUAUAAUGGAGGCUUAAACAUCACGCAUGCACACAGAUAUUGCACAGAAUGGGCCCCUAAUGUGUACUUUGAAGAUGAUAAUGCAAUCAACCUUGACACUGAAGUAUCCAGAAGUAGGAGAAUCAAAUGUUGUUGCUGCGGAAUCAAAGGGGCAGCUCUUGGAUGUUAUGAUAAGAGUUGUCGCAAGAGCUUUCACGUUCCUUGUGCAAAAUUGACCCCAGAAUGUCGAUGGGAUAAUGAUAACUUUGUUGUGUUGUGUCCUCUUCAUGCUUCUCUUAAACUACCAAAUGAGACAUCUGGAUCUCAAGUGAAACACAAAAAGCAAAGUGUUCGAAAAAGACAUUCUCAUAUCCAUCAUCCACAAGUCACCAUUAAGCAUGAUAAUAGCACAUGUCGUAAGUGGAAGUCUCAGAGACCAUCUGAAAAGUUGGUUCUCUGUUGUUCAGCUCUCACAGAUGCCGAGAAGGAAACUGUUUCUGAAUUUAAGAGGUUAUCUGGAGUUAGAGUAUUGAAGAACUGGGAUUCUAGUGUCACCCAUGUAAUUGCAUCUACAGAUGAGAAUCGAGCAUGCAGAAGAACUCUCAAGUUUUUGAUGGGUGUCUUGGAGGGGAAAUGGAUACUGAGCAUUGAUUGUCAGUACAUUGGGGUUAAGUCUUGCAUCAAGGCUGAAGAACUUGUUGAUGAGCAACAUUUUGAAAUUGAUAUUGACGUCCACGGAAUCAGGGGGGGCCCUCAACUUGGAAGACUAAGACUUUCAAACCAGCAACCAAAGCUUUUCAAUGGGUACGAUUUCUAUUUUACUGGAGAUUUUGUACCAUCAUACAAGGGGUAUCUCCAUGAUCUUGUAGUUGCUGCUGGAGGAACAGUUUUGUACAGAAAGCCUGUUUCAGGAGACCAGGAAGCAGCUGUGUCAUCUGGAUACUCAAAAUCACCAGUAUUCAUAAUUUAUAGCCUUGAGUUACAAGAGAAGUAUGCUCCAAGGAAGAGAAAUUUGAUAUUAAGCCGUAGGCGAACUGAUGCAGAGGAGCUAGCGAGUUCAACUGGGGCUAUAGUAGCAAGCAAUUCUUGGGUUUUGAACUCCGUUGCUGCCUGCAAGUUGCAAAACUUUGCAGAAUAG